UGAAUAGAUAUGCGCAACACUCGGCCAGCGACUCGAGGCCUUGCUUGCGGAAGAAUGCAGAACUCAACCAGAAGGUUUCCCGGGGAAAUGAAUGUCAUAUAAUGCUAUGUUCAACUAUGCAUUUGUGACGGAACGACAGCAGCUGCCCGGCUUGCUGCUAGCGUGUUUCGCUCUCGCAGCAUGCCGCAGCACGAUGGCGCCAAAAAAGCUUAUCCAGCUCUAUACAGCCCGCAUAUAGACGCACCCAUUGUACACUGCUAUCGCUUUCUAUUGUAAGUGCUUCUCUGCAGGAAGUAAAACAGUUUGUGUUGUAAAGCUCGAGCCAGAGCGUUUGGGACUCCAAAUGCAGACUUAGAAUUCACAUUAUUCUUCAUCAUGAAACGGGCACGCUCUGAUGAACCAGAAGCAGCUGUGCGACAGGCUGUGAAAUCCGCUGCAGCGUAUCCCUUGCCCGGCGACGAAGACGAUGACGAUGUAGUCCCUUUGAGUUUGAGCCAGGAUGGAAUUGCUAUCACGGGCGAGGCGGCCGCGCCAGGCCCCCGCGCUUUCGACGCAGAUGUGUUGGUAGUCGGCGAGGCGCCUGCCACCGACCCCAGUGCCACACAGCGCCGCGCCGCUACGCCCUUCGCGCGCGCUGCAGCCCCCGCUCGACCAGGCAGCAACGGGGCCGCUGCUGCGGCGCCAAACAAGCCCGUCGUGGUGGACCUCAGCCUGGACGACGACGAUGACGAGGCCGGACUUGGUAAUGUCAGGCCGGGGGCCGCCAGACUUGGGAAUGGCACCACGGGUGCCCGCACGCAGCCAGGCGGACCUGCAGCGCCUGGCGGGGCCCGAGGCGGCGAGCCGAUAAACACGUACUCGCUGUUCGCGUACCCAGAUGACAGCCCGGAGACGCAGCGCCGCAAGCUGGAGGCCUUGCAGCAGGUCCGGCAGGCCCAGGCCAAGCAGCAACAACAGCCACAACAGCAACAGCAGCAACACGAUUACCAGGGUCGGGGGCCAGCCAGCCAGCGACCGCAGCCCGGGCCCGGCCUGCUCGGCCACCUGUCCGCCGCCGCCUCUGCGGGAGCGGCAGGCGGGGCAGGCGGCAGCAAUGCAGCUGGUGGUGGUGGUGGCGGCGGCGGUGGCGGGGCGUUUGGGUCUAUCAGGGGCAUCCUGGAGCCGGCGGGCGCCGCGGGCCGGGCUGCGCCCGCUGCUGGUGGCACGCCCGGCGCGUACGGCGGCUACAGCCAAAACCCGUACCAGCCGCCGCAGAAUCAGGCGCAGUACGGAGGUGGUGCGAGUGGCGGGUCGCAGUGGCAGCAGGAGCAGGGGCUGGGCAAGCAGCCCCAGCAGCACACGCCGCCGCCGGCCCAGACGCCGUACCAGCAAUACCAGCAGCAGCAGCAUCAGCAGCAGUCGCCGUACGAGCAGCUUAACCCCUACUUGCCGCCGACCGCCGCCGGCGGUCCCGGUGGUUAUGGUGGAGGCGCCGGUGGUGCCUACGGAGGUGGCGGCGCCGGUGGUGCCUACGGAGGUGGCGACGCCGGUGGUGCUUAUGGCGGCGCCGGCGGCAGCGGCGCGUACGGAGGCGUGCCCACGCCACAACCCUACGGCGGACCUGGCGCCGGCGCCGCGGCCUUCGCCUCCCGGUCAGUGAGCCACGUCAGCGACACCUACGCCGGCCCCGCCCGCCCCGCCGCCACCGGCGCCACCACGCACGUCUCCGCCACCGUCUUCGGCCCCAGCGGCUCCAUUGCGGGCAGCUACGCGGCCGGCGCCGGAGGCGGCGGCGCUGGCGGCGCCGGCGGCGCUGCGCGCGGCAUUGCUGUUGUGGACGAGGGCGAGGUGGCCAGCCCCCAGCUGACUCGGGAGCAGGAGCGGGUGCUGGCGCUGGUGCGGGCGGGCGAGAACAUCUUCUUCACAGGGAACGCCGGAACAGGCAAGACGUUUGUGCUGACGCGUGUGGUUGACGAGCUGCGUGAGCGCUACUCGGAGGACUUCGGCUCCAAGGUGGCGGUGUGCGCCAGCACCGGCAUAGCCGCCACACACAUCGGAGGCACCACGCUGCACAGCGCCCUGGGCUGCGGUGUCCCCAGCGAGUACCCGGAGUUCAACAUCAUGAUGAAGAAGGACACGCGCCAGCGCAUACGGGGCUACGAAGUGCUUAUCCUGGAUGAGGCGUCCAUGACGUCCGGCGAGUUCUGGACGGUUCUGGAGGUGCAGCUGCGGGCGGUGCGCGAGAACCCGGCGCCGGCGGGCGGCCUGCAGCUCAUCUUCAGCGGCGACUUCUUCCAGCUGCCGCCCAUCACGCGCAAGCCCUACGGCAACGACCCCAUCCCGCUGCAGCAGUUCACCAACUGGGGCUACCUGUUCCAGAGCCCCGCCUGGUCCCGCUGCCGGCUGCAGCAGGUGCUGCUGACGCAGGUGUUCCGCCAGGCCGACCGCCUGUUCGCGGCGCUGCUGGACGACAUCCGCUACGGCCGCAACGCGCGCGCGGCGCUGCAGCGCAUCGCCGCCACAUGCCGCAGGCCGCUGGACUGCUCCGACGGCAUCAAGCCCACGCGGCUGUACUCGGUGAACAAGGACGUGGACAGCCUCAACCGGGACGAGCUGGACAAGCUGCCGCAGGAGCAGGUGACUCUGGAGGGCCUGGACGGCGUGGACCUGGAGCAGGCCAUCCUGGAGAUCCAGCCGCCCCUGGAGCCGCAGGAGCUGGCCGAGGUGGAGUCGCGGCUGUGGGGCAGUGACUUCUGGAAGAGCUGCCUGGCGGCGCAGACCUACGGACUCAAGAUCGCGGCCCAGGUGAUGCUUGUCCGCAACCUGGACCUCAAGGGCGGCGAGGCGGGCGGCCGCGGCAGGCAGCUGGUCAACGGCAGCAGAGGAGUGGUGGUGGGGUGGGCGGCCAAGAUCGACAUCAUCAACCGCCUCAAGGGCCUGGUCAACGCCCUCAACGCGCCCAACGCCCGCGUGGCGGCGGCGCAGGAGGCGGCGGCCGCCGCCGCGGGCGCCGCCGCGGGCGCCUCCCUCCACGCCAUCCCUCCCGGCGCCGCUGGCGCCGCCGGCACCCCCAAUGACCCUAUGGUGCUGGACGAGUUGGGAGAGCCCAUUCAGCCGCCGCCGGCGCCGAUGGAGGUGGAGGUGGCGCCGGAGGCGCUCAUUGAGAAUGGUGGCGGCGGCGGCGGUGUGGAGGCGUCUGGGUCUGACUCGGAGCUCUCGGACUCGGACUCAGAGGAGGGCUGCGGCCGCAGUGCAGGCGCCGGCAAGGGCAGCGCGGGCAAGGCCGGUGGCAAGACCGAGAAGGAGUGCGCCUCUGCCGCCAACAGCGCCGGCGGCGGAGCCGCUGCUGGCGCCGCGGCUGCGCCGCACACUGGCGCGUACGGCGGUGGCGAGUUCGUUGGCGGCGCAGCCGCCACCGCGGCGGCGGCGGCCGCCGCCGCUGCGCGGCUGGCGGCCGCGGUGGGCGCUGCGGCGGCUGCGGCGGUUGCGGUGCCGAUGGGCGGCGUGGGUCCGGGCGGUGUGGCGCUGAUGGUGGCGGGGCAGGACUACACGCCGCUCACUGCCAACCUCAGCACGCCGGAGCAGAUCAGCGCCAAGAUCUCCGAGCUGGAGCGCUGGCGCGGGCGCUACGUGCCGGUGGUGCGCUUCGCCAACGGUGUGACCACCGAGGUGCUGCCGCUCACCUUCACCAGCCGCAUGCCGCGAUGGGGCGAGUGCCACAGGCUGCAGGUGCCGCUCAAGCUGGCAUGGGCGCUGACCAUCCACAAGUGCCAGGGCAUGAGCCUGGACCGAGUGCAGGUGUCCCUGGCCAACAUCUUCGCCACGGGCCAGGCCUACGUGGCGCUCAGCCGCGCCCGCAGCCUGGAGGGGCUGGAGCUGCUGGACUGCAACGACGACUGCGUGCGGGUGGAUCCGGCGGUGGUGUCCUUCUACCGCGCCCUGCAGGAGGGCCGCCCGCAGGCUCACGAGGAGGAGCAGGACUCGGCCUGGCGCCAUUUCCUGGGCCACCGCCUCGCCAAGCGCUGGCCGCCGCCCUUCCGCCCGCCGCCGCCCGCCGUGGCCGCAGCGCGAGCCGCACAGGUGGCGGCGGCGGCGUCGCAGGCGCAGGCGCCGUGGGGCGUGGGCGGCCAGGGGCAGGGCUCGCAGCAACAGCAGCAGCAGACGCCGGGGCAGGGCCAAGGGCAAAGCCAGGGCCAGGGCCAGAACUUGUAUCACGUAGGGCCGCUGCCGCAGUGGCCGCCACCGGUGAAGGAAGGCGGCGGCGGCGGCGAUGAUGAUGAUGGCCACUCCGGAAGGUGGCUCCGGGGCGGCGGCUAUGGCGGCGGCCGUGGCGGCGGCGGCGGCUAUGGCGGCUCGCAGGCGGGCGGCGCCGGCGGGAGUCAGUACGGCAGCGGCGGGCGGGGAGGUGGAGGUGGCGGCGGCCGCGGGCGGUCGCGUGAGAACGACAUGUGUUACAAAUGCAAGCAGGUGGGGCACUGGGCCAGUGCCUGCCCCAACCGCCGCUAGUGUGCCUGAGCCUCUGGCUCUUGAGGCGGUGCCAUCGAGGCGGAACUGUGAAUGGUUUUGGAGGUGGGCGGUGGUGGGCGGCGGACUGGAGCCGACCGCAGCUUCCUGGCGAAGGCCUGGAGGCGAGAGCGUGGGGGGAGGCAAAAGUUAGUAUGUAGGGGAUGGUGUGAAGGGUGUAAUUGGUACGGCAUGUGACUGUGUGAAGGCGUGCGUGUUCGCUUGGGUGCGAGCAGCCAAUGGGCGGCGGCAGGUGUACGGUAUGUGAUUCUGCGUUGCUGGAGUGAACGGUGAACUGUAGUGUGGGCUCGCUUGCUGUCUUGUGGGGCAGGGGGCCAGUGGUCGCGGGUACUGAGGUAGUUGAUGGAUUGCACACGCAGGUUUUGUGCAAUGCAGCCUACGAAUGGCACGGUUGGUGGCAUGUAGAAGGGGCGCCGGUAAAGCUCUGGCGUUUACAUUGUGCGCGACACAACGGUACCUUUCUGAUUGAAACAUGGCGGUGUGGUGGAUCCCAGAUAACAGGAAGCUUGCGUGAUCGGAGGGCCGGCCGGGGGGCGGGGGGGCAGAACAGCAGAUGGUCCAGUCGGGGUGGGGACGAGAAGGGAUUGGGUACGUGCUCAAGGUUCCAGAACCAGUUGGGCGCGGAGAGUGAGGCACAAACUUGCAGGCUGUAAAAGUACAU